ACCACCACCUGACCACCAAGAACAAGAAACAAGUGCACACGGUUGCUGUCCGUCCCAGCCCGUGGCACGUACAACCGACCGAUGUACGGCGCCGUUGCAGCCGGAGCUUGCCCUGGCCUAGAGCUAGCGAGAAAGACCGGCGUACAUUCAGCCCGCAGCGAUUCCUGUGUCUGUGAGUGUGAGAACAAGAUCAGUCUUAUCAUAGUUAUACAAAAUUACAAGGGCAAAGGCAGGGACGAGCUUAACUGCUAAUCGGGAGACUUAAAGAAACUUCAGAUCAAUUUUAAUGCUAGACACCGAGUCAGUUGCACUUCAAACCGACAGUACUAAUCAUGAGUAAUUCCGAAUUUAAAGGCCAAAUUUUGAUAUAUUCUAUCGUUGGAUGCCCGUUCUGCAUGCGAGCUAAACAGACUUUGCAAGAUCUUGAAUUGCCUUAUUUGGAUGUUAACCUCGAUUCUUAUGGUGAAAAAGUACGGAAAGAAGUCCGGGAAAGAAGUGGUAGGAGUACAGUUCCACAAAUCUUCUUUAACGCAAGACAUGUUGGUGGCUUUGAUGAUUUACAAGCCUUGAUUGCUGAUAAGGAUAAUUUUAAUCACUUGAUUGAUGAAGUGCGGAACAAUGAGGCUCCUCCUGAUGCCCCCAAAAUUCCUGAUGCUAGUGAAAUGAAGCAAGAAAAAAGUGAUAUGGAAUUCACCUGUGAGCUAGACGAGUAUGCCGUCUUGAUACGAGAGCUUAAGACAAGCGGGAUCAUCAAAGAUCAUCGGAAAGGCCUUUCAACCUACAAGAACACAUUCCAGGCGAGAGAGUUUGUCGACUGGAUAGUGAAGGCAAGAUCAUUUGAGGACCGAUCCACUGGGAUCGUAAGCGGGCAGGACCUGAUUGAUCGAGGUUUUGCGAGUACUGUGAAAGGAUCUCAUGACGGACGGUUUGAAGACAAUGAUAGCCUUCUUAGAUUGCUAGAACAUGAUGAGAAUACUGCGCUCAAUUCAGGAUUGUCAAGUGAAUGUGAAGCUAGACCCGCUUCAGAUCUUGGGGAAGAUAUGAGGAAGCUCAUUCUCUCACUGUACAAUGAAUAUCUUUCUUCAGAUGGCAAGAGAGUGAAUUACAAGGGUAUAGCAGCGAGUUCACAAUUCCAGACCUACACCCGGAUGACGGCGCAGCUCUACAGAGUGGAUGUGAAGUCCGCUUCUAGGGAGGAGAAGAUUGCUUUCUUCAUCAACAUUUACAAUGCCCUUGUCAUCCACGGCUAUGUCACUUCUGGACCCCCACAGAACCUGUGGCAGAGAUACAAGUUCUUCAACUAUGUAAGCUACAUUAUUGGCGGUCAACUAUAUUCUCUCAACGACAUUGAGAAUGGAAUCCUGAGAGCGAACAGGAAGCCAAUAGGCUCCCUCUCCAAACCCUUCUCAAAGAACGAUCCUCGCCUCCAGGUGGCGCUAGAUCAGCCGGAACCACUCAUCCACUUUGCGUUGGUCUGCGGAGCGAAGAGCUGUCCACCAAUCAAGACAUACUCAGGCAAGGAUGUUAUGAAUGAGUUACAGUUAGCAGCAGAAGCUUUCCUGGAAGGGUCUGAUGGGUGCCAGGUCAUUGAGGACAAAAAGGAGGUUAAGUGCAGCCAGAUCUUCAAGUGGUACAGGGAGGACUUUGGCAGGAACGAUAAAGACGUAGCUGUAUUUAUAUCCAAGCACAUGGGAGAGAGUGAGAAGAAGAAAUCACUGCUUCAGGUCAUAGGUCACAAGGACUACAAGGUCAGUUAUAUGAAGUACAACUGGGGUAUCAACUCCCAAUAGAGAAUGGCUUUUCAACGCCUAUUGGAAAACACUUCUAUGCACAUUAUUUUACUAUAAAUUAGUUUACAAUACCAUGCCAUAACUGAUUACCAACAAUCCCAGGCAGAGUCAACCCAGAAUUAAAAUAAUAAUAAUAAUAUUACAGGAUUUUGUAUAGCGCACAUAUCCACCUUGCUAGGUGCUCAAAGCACUCCUAUAUUAUCCCGGCUAAGCUAGUCUACCAAUUCUGGUGCGCACAGCUUUUUGAGGAAUUACUUCCUGCUGGUACCCAUUUACCUCACCUGGGUCGAGUGCAGCACAGUGUGGAUAAAUUUCUUGCUGAAGAAAAACACGCCAUGGCUAGGAUUCGAACCCACCGCCUUCUGUUUUAAAGGCGAAAGUCAGAACCACUAGACACUAGAAAACAUGUGAAAUAUCAAUGAGUAGGUGCUUGGUAUGACAAGCUUAUUAUUGUAUUUAAAGUAUUAUUAAAAGCGGAGUUUUCUCCUUUUUUUGCCCGAUAUUGUCGUAAGUUACUAUUUUCCAGUCCAAACUAAAUUGAUGUAUGCUUGUAAUUGUUGUGUAAAAGUAAUUUAUAUAUUUUGAAUAAAUGAUUUUAAUCCCCCUUCCCCCCCCAAAAAAAAAAAAUAUAUAUAUAUUUAUCUGUUAAAGUCAGCCUUGUGGAAAUAGUAAAGUGAUAUUCAGUGAAAUUGUGCAAAUUUGUGGUAUACUUGCAAUAUACUUAUUCAAUCAUUUCAUAUGUACAUGUACAUGUUAAUUCAUAAUUCUGAAUUUAUCAAAAUAUCCUUUUCUCCACAUAUAUCCAACAUUUUGGUCAUAAUCCUAAUUUUAUUAUUAUGUAUAGGUAGCACACUGUACGUUUAUGAUCUUGUGGAGUUUCUAUUUUUAGUAGGUUGAUUAUUAUGGCUGAUAUUUUUGUAUGCAUACAUAUACAGUAGAUGUAUAAAGAUUCAUGCAUAAUUAUGUUUAACAAUUUCAGGUAUCUGAUCAAACUGCUGUGUCAUUUGAUAAUGAUAAUUUUCAGGGUAAAUACAAAAGAUCUAUGAAAAUUUCACCUUAUUGAAAAGGAGAGAUAAAACAAGAAUGACAUUAGGAAAAGGAGAAAGAUAUUAAACAGAUAAUGAGUCAUUCAAAAACACAAUAUCAUGCAUUCCAACUCUAUGUACAGUUUACCUUACAUAUUUAUUGUGUUAUGAUACAUGUGUGCAUUUACAUGUAGAUAGUCAUUUAUUGCACCUUUAAUAUGUAUUCACUGUCUUUGAAAAGCCUCUUCAAAGUUUUGGUCAAUUCCCUAGGGUAUAUCACUGUUCCAUUUCACAAGCCAGCAUGUUCUAGAAGUGUUCUGAUGUACAAUCAAUGAGAUAAGAACAUAUUUUUUUUGAUUUAUUUUUAAGCAUUUUACAGGAAUGUAAGUAUUAAUGUGUGUCAGAUCAAAAUAGAGAUAUCACUUUCUUUUUCAAUUAAAAAUACUUCUCAGGGAUUGAAUGGGCUGAAAAUUCUAAGACACGACCUUCGUUUCUGAUAAAGAUCAUCACUCAAUUUGAAAAAUUAGUAUCCCUUUAUUUAAAGAAAAGAUUGAAUCAGUACCAAGAGAGGGCACUAGAUAUUAAUUUUUAAAAAGUUCAAAUUCAAAUUAUCACAAAGAAUAAACUGCCAAAAAAGAUUUAGCACCCGCUACACUUUUCUAAGAUUGAAGUAUUAGCUGAUACUUGAGGUUAAGAAAUAUUGUUCAUCCUUAAUACCGAAGCUUUAAACAGGCUUUAAUAUCAGAACAACUGAAAUAUAGAAUUCCUCAGAGAUAUUUUGUUUCAUAUCAUAACUAAUACCCUAUUUAAAUAUUUCAAACGAUAUAAUUUUUUCGACGAGAGAGUAGUAGUUUUCUUGGAAAAUUUACCUGUAAUGAAAUGUAAGAAGACACCUAAAUUAUUUAGACUACCAGAAACUUUGCAAUAAACAAACAUGUUAAUACCUCAGAAGUAUAUAGAGGAGGGACCAAUAUUUAAGAAAGCUUGUUUUAAGAUGCCUCAGUGCUUGACAAAGAUCUGUAAGAUUCUAUCAAAGUGAAUACUGACAAAUUAUAAACUGCUUGAAAUCAAAACAUAUCAAUACAAAUUUUAUGAACUUUUACCACUUUCUAUCUGAGUAUUUUCUGUAGAAAAUCUGAGUUUAGUAGGAUUUGAAAAUAGGUUUUUAUGGACUGACUGGUCUGAUUAAUUUCAUGUCAUACAACGGUGAUGGUGGUGAUUUUGUUUUACCUGAUUGAAUGCAUGUAAGCAAGAAACCAAAGGACCUAAAAAACACACAAGUACUGAAAAUCUGAUUUAGAUAUUAGAGUAAGUUUGUUUUGAUAAAAACAGAAAAAAAUUAAAAAAAUAUUUACCU